AUUUACGUCAAUGUCGUCAACAAAGGCAAAGUGCGUUUUACUUCCGUAGAGGUUAUGUUUACAAUAUAAUGGUGUGUUAGUUCUAUUCUUUGUCCCCUUAUCAUUUUUUUGUUCGAUGCUUUGUUAAGAGAAAUUUCAAUUUAAAUUCAUUAAAAUGGUAAUUGCCUAAAACAUUAGUCGUGUCGCAACACUCAGAUAUCACGCAGCAAGAUGUCCUUUAUCAUAGUUAGAACUAAACCAUUAUUUUACCGCAUAAUAUCAUUCAGAAGCUACGUGUCAGUUUCCCGGGGAAAAACGACGCUCAGUUCAAGGUUGUCGCUCACGACAGCUGUCAAAAGAGAUAUCAGUACCAAGGAAUCUUCGAGUAGUUCUCAAUGGCAGACGAUAUUCACUCGAUUCCUGCCGGUGGGAAUCUGCCUGAUAGCGGUUAUGCAAUGGCGGGCGUUCAGGAGGCGGCAGAAAAGCCUCGAAUCCUACACUGCCAGUAAAUGGGAGAUUAGCUGUUAUUGUCUGUUGCCCCUGAGGACGGUGUCCAGGUGCUGGGGAUACAUAGCAGAUAUAAAACUGCCCGAAGUACUGAGGCCGCCCGUAUACAAACUCUACUCGACCGUGUUCGACGUGGAUCUCUCCGAAGCGGCCGCCGACGAUCUGCGAACCUACCCCAGUCUGGCGGACUUUUUCGCCAGAUCGCUCAAGGAGGGCGUCAGGAAGAUCGACGCCGCCAGCAGCAUCGUGGCGCCUUGUGACGGGACGGUCCUCCAUUUCGGGACUGUCGAUACCGAGCAAGUCGAACAAGUGAAAGGCGUGACGUAUUCGUUGAGAGACUUCCUGGGCGAGCAAACGCCGAAAGCUAAAAACGUGUGCAACGGGGACUUCAAGACUGCUUUGUUGGAACGACCUCACGAAGGGAACAGGCUGUAUCAAUGCGUUAUAUAUUUAGCUCCGGGUGAUUACCAUAGGUUUCAUUCACCUGUCGAGUGGAAACCGACGCACCGUAGACACUUCUCGGGCAAAUUGCUGUCGGUUAAUCCGAGCAUAGCCAGUUGGUUACCGGGGUUAUUUGCGAUGAACGAAAGAGCCGUAUACCUCGGCGAAUGGGAGCACGGAUUUUUCUCUUACACAGCAGUGGGUGCUACGAAUGUAGGUACGGUGCGAGUGUACUUCGACAAGACGCUGCAAACGAACAAGCCGUUCAAAGGGAAGAAGUACAAGGAGGUGUGCUUGGGCAACAAGGUGGAUUUGAAGAGGGGCGAAAUUAUGGGGGAGUUUCGGAUGGGUUCGACCAUCGUUUUGAUAUUCGAGGCGCCGGAUAAUUUUCAGUUUUCGAUAGCGCCGGGGGCCAAGGUCAAAAUGGGGCAGAGUCUGGGCACCACGGAACGCAAGAAUUUCGUACUAAGGCUAACUCAAGAGAGAAUUUUUGUUAAUAAUGGGAGAUGACUUAAUUUAUUUUAAGAUUACUGUUUAUUGUAUUAAAUCAAUGUGAUAUUUUAUAUUAAAAUAAAGAAAAGUUACAGUACUCUA